GCUCCCGGGCCCCGGCAGCCAGGCCGCGGCUCCCCCCGGCGGCGCUCGCUCUGCUCCGCUCCGCCCGGCAGCGGGGCCGGGACCUGCCCGUGGCGAGGCGAGGCGAGGCGAGGCGGCGCCGGGACUCUGCCCAGCCCGGAGCGGGAGCGGAGCUCGGCCGGGCCGGGCCGGGCCCGCUGGAGAAGCCCCGCCCGGGGGGGCCAUGGCCGAGCGGGCCGCUGCCCAGUUCGGGACGCGAGUCUGAACCAGUUGCAGCAAACACGCCACAGUUGUGUCUCCUCAGCCCCUUUUCCACCCCACGGCCGUUUCCCACCCUCCCUACGGAGCUUGUUUCCGUGCCUUCCGGGCUCAUCCAGGCACCUGCCCGGGUGGCCGCCGGCCACAGGCUGUCGUGUGCCCAACAAUCAACACGCAGUGCAGCACGUGGGGGCCAUGCCCUCUGGGGCGUCCAGCAACAGCAAUGUCAACCUGGUUACGCAGGCCUGGCUGCCCAUUGUGGGGCCAGGGCUGUGAUGCUGAUCCAUGCCAUCCUCACACGUGCUCACAGAGUCUCUCGCCCUCAGCAGGGCCCGAGCAGGGUUUUCUCAGCACUGAGUGCUUGGACACUGUCUGUCUCUUCCUGCUCUCAGUCUCCCCUCCUGCCCCCCCGCUGGUGCCCAGUUGGCGUGUGCUUGUCAGGAGCAGGGAAGAGGAGUAGGAGGAGACAGAUAUUGGCAGCACCAGAGCCUCCAGGCUCGUGUUACCCCCCAACUGGCCUUCCCAGGCUCUACCACUCCUUCCACUUGAACAAAGGCUGGCCUGGUCCCUCUCCAAUACACCCAUCUUGCUGGUUUCUCCAGGUUCUCUUCCACCCUGCGACUCCCUCCCCUGCACACCUCUCAUACUGCUCAUGGUCAGGCCGUGGGGGCGAUGGUUGGCUCUUUCCAGCAGUGAGAAAUGUCACGCAUGGAACACCACUCAGCUGAGUGGUAAGAGUCUCUGGUGUGGGAUAGGCCUGGCAUGUGGUCCCCAAGAACCUUCUCCACGUCUGUUUUGAAAUGGCAGCGGAAUUAGGUCCCCUGGUGGAAGAAGCGUUCAGAUCAGUGGGUGUAGUAAGUACGUCGGUGACGAGCCUGAGAAUUUUAUAUCGUUAGAGUCCCAAACCCACCAACGGGAGGCUGACAGAGAGGGGUCUGUUGCCAUUUUUGUUGUUGCAUCUGGAAGGCAGCCGUAAAAGAUUAACUCUCAGGCCGAGAGAGCGUGGAGCAGCCUGGAACACGUGAGCGGGCCGGGCCGGACGCCCUUUCUCUUUGUCGCCGAUCUCUUCUUUUCUCCUUGCAAGCAGGCUCCGCAAUGGGAUGUCACAGCAGAGCAACCAGUGCCUUUAACCCCCCCGGCUGCCUCUGAUCAUACUUCUGAGGCAGAAAUGCAGCUGCCGCUGGAACAGACUGCCAUGUGGCCCGAAGUGACUGUGGAGACGGCCGUGGAGUCGCAUGCCACGCGACUGUUGACGCUAGAGGGAAGAAUGGGGAUGGCGGAGAACAAACUAGUCGGCUGCGAGAGGACAGUGGUGGAGUUUGGGAACCAGCUGGAGAGUAAGUGGGCCGUGCUGGGAACUCUGAUCCAGGAGUACGGGCUGCUGCAGAGGAGGCUGGAGAACAUGGAGAACCUGCUGAAGAAAAAAGAUGUCUGGAUCCUAAAACUUCCCCCAGGCGCCCAGGGAGAAGUCCCCAAGGUCCCUGUGAAGUUCGAUGAGGUCUCGGGCUGUUUCUCCGGGCAGGAGUGGGGGGUUUUAGAGCAACGGCGGGAGGAGCUUCACAAGAACACAAUGAGGAACAACUAUGAGACGUUGAUCUCGCUGGACAAUGCUGCUUCCACGCCUGAUGUUCAGUCCCCGAUUGAAGCCGGGGUAGAGUCUCGAGUCCAGGAACAGCAGGAAUCUCAAAAAAGAGAAACCCCGCCGGAUCCCAGCACAGGAUCUCCCAUUUCUACUCCCAGCGACAGCUCAUGGAUUAAACAAGAGGAAACGCCAUGUGCUGAGAGUCAGGGGGGCUUGGUGGAGAGAGAAAUCCCUACAGAUCCCAUCAAGGCAGAUGAGUGGUGUCUUGAGGACAGUGCUGCCAUCCCGGAACUUCCCAGGGGGGCGCAAGGAAGCUCAGAGGAGGAUUUCCAGAGACCUGCUGCGAGAUGGAGCCCCGGGAGUCAGUGCAGCUCACUGACACAGCAUGGAAACCCUGCAGGAAGCAGCCUGGGCCAGCCCACGCUGUGUGGAGGAGACUUCAGCGGCCUUGCACCAGCCACUGAGCAGGAGGAAAGUCACCCAGGAGAGGGGCCAUAUAUAUGCAAUGAAUGUGGAGAAAGCUUUGUCUGUAAGCAGUUGUUCGCAGUGCACCAGGGAGUCCACACAGCAGGGGGAGUCUGCAUUUCUCCAGCAUGUGGAGAAGGCCUCAGUCAGAAAUCCAGUCUCCUACAUCCCCAGAGAAGCCAGGUCCUGGCAGGUGCGAAGCCCUACAAAUGCUCUGAGGGCGAGAUAAACUUUAGCCUCAAAUCCAGCCUUCUCAAGCACCAGGUCAGUCACACAGGCCCGUACACCUGCGCUAAGUGCAGGAAGAGCUUCAGGCUGAAGAUAAGCCUCCUUGUCCACCAGAGACUCCAUGCGGGGAAGGGCGAGGGCUCGCUGCUCUGUACGGACUGCGGGAAGAACUUCACCCACCCCUCGCAGCUUGUCCGGCAUCAGCGGAUCCACACGGGGGAGCGGCCCUACCAGUGCACCGACUGCGAGAAGAGCUUCACGGAGAAGUCCAAGCUCACCAACCACUACCGCACACACACCGGCGAGCGGCCCUACGCCUGCGCCCAGUGCGGGAAGCGCUUCAUCCGCAAGCACCACCUGCUGAAGCACCAGCGCGUGCACACGGGGGAGCGGCCCUACCAGUGCCCCGAGUGCGAGAAGAGCUUCACCCAGAAGUACUACCUGGUCGAUCACCGGCGGCUGCACACGGGCGAGCGCCCCUUCCAGUGCCCCACCUGCCAGAAGAGCUUCACCGAGAAGUCCAAGCUCACCAGCCAUUUCCGCAUCCACACGGGGGAGCGGCCCUACCACUGCGGGGAGUGCGGGAAGCGCUUCACGGAGAAAUCCCAGCUCACCAACCACUUUCGCAUCCACACCGGGGAGCGGCCCUACGCCUGUGCCCAGUGCGACAAGUGUUUCAUCCGCAAGCACCACCUGCUGAAGCACCAGCGCGUGCACACGGGCGAGAGACUCCACCGCUGCCCCCAGUGCGAGAAGAGCUUCCGCUACAAACAGUCACUGAACUGCCACCUGAAAAUCCACCUGGGGACCCACUGCCCCAUGGGCAGCGCCCUGUCCCCUGAGCAACAAACCCCGGCUAGACCUCUUUGUGUGUGAGAGAGACUGGGCAGGAGUCCCUGGGCGGGGAGUGCCUUGCAGGUCCUGACGUCAUGUGACGUACAGGGAAGCUGGGAUUUCCAAUUCGACCUACAGGAGUGUGCAGUGUUGUCAUAGCUGUGUUGGUCCCAGGAUAUGAGAGACAAGGUGGGUGAGGGAAUCUCCUUUUAUUGGACCAAAUUCCGAUAAAAGAUUACCUCACCCACCGUGUCUCCCUACAGGAGUUAGACAGCCAACUGUGGGGCAUCACCUUCCCUGAGGCUGCUUGGAAAAUCGCAGCCUAAAACAACCCACUAAAUUCCUUAAACAUCCAGCCUACAACCAGUGCUGGAUAACUGUUUUAUAACUGCUGGCAGUUUCAGGCCACCGUCCUGUAAGGGGUAUUUAAUAAAACUACCUAGUUCUCA